GAGACACAUAAAUAAAUAAGUUGUCUUAAAGGCUUAAAUAAUUAUUAAAUUAUCUUUACUCCACGAUAACCAACGACAGUUUUCCUCUCAUUGUGCAAUAUAUACAUCAUAAAUAUAUAAUUUUAGUUUUUACAACGAUAAUACGAAAGUGGUGAGCCUGGCAGCCGGGAUACAACAACAAUAACAUUAAUCAAGAUGGUUGAGAAGUUGUUGUACAACACUGUUCUUGCACAAACAUUUUCUGCUUGUGGAAACUAUCUGAUUGCGUCAAAUACGUAUGGAGAGAUAGCAACAUUUGACCUGCAGAAGAUGGUGAGCCCCGGGGAAGGGCUGGGCCCGCCCUGCCGGGAGGCGGAGUACCACUUCUCUCCGAGGGGCGACGCGGAGGUGUGCAGCCUGGCGACCACGGACCGCUUCCUGGUGGCGGGGCUGGCCGGCGAGAUCACCGGCUGGGACUGGAAGACCGUCACCUCGGGCACCAGCCCCAAGCAGAGCUGGAGCAUCCAGAUCGCAACCGCAAAGGACGCGGUGGACAAGCCCGACGUGAACUGCAUGGCGUACAGCAGGGACGACAACCUGCUGUACGCGGGAUGCGGCGACAGCAAGAUCCACGUGUUCAGCCUGGAGGAUGGCAGGCUGGUUCGCACCCUGUCCGGUCACGAGGACUACGUCCACUGCGUCGACAAGUUCAGGGGCCAGCUGGCGUCGGCCGGCGAGGACGGCUGCGUGAAGCUGUGGGACACGCGGCAGAAGGAGUGCGUGGCCUCGCUGCAGCCGCACCUCAAGGAGAAGGUGGCGCGGCCUGAGCUCGGCAAGUGGGUCGGCGCCGUCGCCCUCAGCGAGGACUGGAUGGUGUGCGGCGGGGGCCCGCGUCUCUCGCUCUGGCACCUGCGCUCCAUGGACGUGAUGACGGCCUUCCCGCUGGACGACGCCGGCGUCCACGUGGCCGCCUUCCAGGACGACCGCAUCUUGGUGGGCGGGACCAUGCCCCACUUCUACCACCUCAACUACUCGGGCGCGGUGUACGCCCAGGUGCCCAGCUCGUCCACCACCGUCUACUCGGUCGUGUACCAGGAGUCCCCUGUCAAGGUUAUGUGCCUUGCUGGUUCCAGUAGCAAGAUCGAUGUCUGCACAAACUUCACUUACAGAGAUCAGAUCAUAUCGUUUGCUCCCAAAAUCAAGUCCAGCUUUCCAGCUAAUUACUAGUUGACCAUCGUCCAUCGUGAUAGCACAGCACAGCCGUUUUAAAAGAACUAAGUUGCAUAUUUUUGUUGAAACAAAACCUGAAAAGGGUGGAUAUUCAUCAGUGUUACAGUAACAGUGUUGUACUACCUUUUUCACACAAUUUUUUUUAUAAAAGCUACAAUUAAAAUUUUUAAAAACAAA